UCCCCUCGAAGCCACCGCCCAAGCCCAUCGGCGCCGCCGCUCGCCGCCGCAGAAACCCUACAAUGGAGUCGUCGCCGCCGCCGCCGCCGCGCCCCGUGGACAAGACCUACUUCUACAGCUGGCUGGAGCACCGCACCAACGCCGACCCCGGCUCGCUGGAGAGCGAGCUGCUCGAGGCGAUUCAGGACGGAGAUGUGGAGGGCCUCAAGGAUAUGGUGAGUAGCAUGGACAAACAGGAUAGGGCAAAGCUUGCUGAUAUGCAUAUAGAUGGCACGGGGUUACUACAAUUAGCAUCAUUCCUUGCUGAAAUGGAAGUAUGCAAGUACUUCGUGGAGGAGCUCGGGUUUGACGUCAAUGCUGGUGACCUCACUGGCGGUGUAACACCUCUGAGUUCUGCAGCAUUGUUUGGAGAAGUUGCCGUUGCAAGAUAUCUUCUUGACAAUGGAGCUGAUCCGAAUAAGCUAGAUGAUAGAGGCUCUGUUGCUCUGCAUAAUGCUGCAAAAAGCGGGAACGGGGAAGUAGUGGAUCUGUUGUUAUCUAGAGGGGCCAGAGUUGAUAUAGCCGUUACUCAUGGAACACCACUUCAUAUUGCUGCUUCCUAUGGGAACACUGGUGCUGUGAAGAUUUUAUUGGAUCACCAUGCAGAUCCAAACAGGGUUUCAGAAGUUUCAGGUACCCCUCUAGUUACGGCGCUUCAUUGUACUAAACAUGGAGUGAGUGAAUCUGAUUCAUUGGAAUGUGUGAAGCUACUUGUCAAGGCUGGCGCUGAUGUGAAUUCUGCUCAUCCAAGUAUUCCCUUGGUGGUGGCAACUACGGUUGGUUUGGCUGACUGUAUUAAGUACUUGCUGGAGGCUGGCGCGGAUCCUAACAUUCCGGAUGAACAGCAUCGCCGUAUGCCAAUACAAAUUGCUGCAAGUUCUGGAAGAAGAAGCCAUGUGGAGAUUCUAUUUCCUUUCACUUCUCCCAUUAGAGCAGUGGCAAACUGGUCAGUUGAAGGAAUUAUUGCUCACGAGAAGUCAAGAUGCUCAAUUUCCAAGGACGAGUCUUGUAACAAGAUCGACGAUAAAGUAGCCGUGCUGAAAUCUCAAGGAAAAGAGGCAGUUAAGAGAAAGGACUACCUUCGCGCUUCAAAUCUCUACACUAAGGCACUUGAACUUAGGUAUUUAGAUGAAACAUUGUAUUCAAAUAGGAGCCUUUGCUACCUAAAAACAGGCAAGCCACAAAAGGCUUUGCUGGAUGCUGAUAUUUGCAUUGCAAGAAAACCCGAGUGGGUGAAAGGUUACUACCGGAAAGGAGCUGCUCAUAUGUCGCUCAAGGAGUACGAGGAAGCAUCCAAAGCUUUCCAAGAUGGACUGGAAUUGGAUCCUGGGAACGAUGAGAUAAAGAAAGCUUUGCGGGAGGCUUGGGAGGCGAUGUCAAAGGAUGAAGCCGCUGGAGGAAGCAUCGAGUCCAUAGAUUAGGUCGGCGUUGCUCUGUCUGCAGAUGCCUUGUUGCGUUCCUUUUGAUUCUGUAUCGGUGGUUUGAUCUUAGUUUUGUAGUGUGUAGAGUUUUUUGUAACACAAUAUAGACGUAGACGCUCGUACAUACACAUGGAACCUGAAUAGAGUUAUUUUGUCCAGAACCACGACCCUUGGUUGCAUGUCUAGCGUAUGGUGAGUCGAAGGGUCAAAUGCAACUAGAGUUACACUACCUCAAGACUCUCCGUGACGCUUGUUCGCGUCUUAUUUAUGGGGUGUGCUCUCGAGGAUAGGGUCCAUUGAUCCUGGACUGUUGCGAUCUGAGAUGUGAUCCUAUGGGUCGGUUUUCCUCCCUGAAGAGACUAG